AUGUCUACCGAGAAUUGGGAAGGUCAAGCCCGCAAAGCUAAAGACUUACUUCAAAACUCCAUACCAAAGCAAUGGCUUGUCUCCGCAGAUAAGCUCCCCCCAGCAGACCAGAAAAAUGUCGAGGACUUCCCUCGGAAGAGUGGCGUCCUCAGUGAUAGAGAGAUCUCCAUCACCGAGAAGUCUGCUACAGCGCUUGUGGCUGGGAUGGCUGCGGGCAUGUUGACUGCCGAAGAAGUGGUUGUCGCAUUCCUCAAACGAGCUGUAUUGGGUCACCAGCUGCUUAAUUUUGCAACAGAGUUCAUGGCAGAUGAAGCCAUUGCCAGAGCGAGAGAGCUUGAUGCGCACUACAGACGGACAGGAAAGCUAGUUGGACCGCUGCACGGGGUUCCUAUCAGCGUAAAAGAGCACAUUGGGCUCAAGGGCCGAACCUGCAACGCGGGCUUCGCGGCAUGGGUGGAUGAGAUAGCAAGCGAAGAUGCGUUGCUUCUACAGUAUCUCCGAAAGGCAGGCGCCGUGUUCCACGUACGGACAAACCAGCCACAAUCAUUGAUGCAUCUAUGCUGCGACAACAACCUCACCGGCCCUACAGUAAACCCAUACAACCGUACCCUGACCGCUGGCGGCUCAUCCGGCGGCGAAGGCGCCUCGAUGGGCUUCAAAUGCGCUCCACUCGGUGUAGGCACAGACAUCGGCGGGUCUAUCCGCAGCCCUGCCGGCUUCUGUGGCGCCUACGGGUUCCGUCCGACGACCCUUCGAAACCCCGGGGUGGGGACCAAGAUCCCCUGCCCCGGACAGGAGUCGAUCCGGGGUACCCUAGGCCCCCUGGCAAGCCAGAGCAUCGAGGAUCUCGAUCUCUUCCAGCGCGCCCUCAUCGAUCAGGAGCCAUGGGAGAUUGAGACGUCUCUCGUCCCUAUUCCCUGGAAGCGCGUUGCGCCCACCCGCAACAUGACCGUGGGCAUCAUGUGGGACGAUGGAUGCGUGCGCCCCCACCCACCCAUCACCCGGGCCCUCCAACACGCCAAAGAAAAGCUCCUCGCAGCCGGCAUCAACGUCGUAGACUGGGAACCGCACCGCCACGACCACGGCUGGGAGAUAGUCUCAACCCUCUACUUCCCCGACGCGGCCGCAAACCAACGGGUCGUCUUCGCCGCCAGCAACGAGCCCCUCCUUCCACUCACCGAAUGGGCCCUCAACUUCAGCCGCGCCACCCCGCUCAGCAUCCCCGAGAAUUGGGCGCUGAACUGCCAGCGCGACAGCUACCGCGACGCAUACCACGCGCUCAUGCGCGCGCGCGGCGUCGACUUCAUCCUGUGUCCCGUGUACCCGGGCGUCGCGGCCGUCUUCGGCGAGUCACACUACUGGAAUUACACCGCGGUGUGGAAUAUCCUCGACCAGCCCGGGGCGGUGUUUCCCAGCGGGCUGGUGGUGGAUCCGGUGCUGGAUGCGGUGGAUGGCGGGUAUGUGCCGCGCAGCGAGGUGGAUGCGAGGGAGUGGGCGAAGUAUCAGCCGGAGAGGUAUGUUGAUGCGCCGAUUGCGUUGCAGUUGGUUGGGAGGAAAUAUAGGGACGAGGAGACGCUUGCUGCGGCCGGGUUGGUGGCGGAGAUUGUGCAGGGGAGGGAGUAG